AUGGGAAGUAAUAAAGACGAAAGGCUAUUGAACAGGAUCUCUUUCUCAGGACCAGCAUCCCUUGGAAGCAGCCGUGUGGCCAGUUCUCAUGGUUUACCACUCCAAGAGCCGUUUGGAGUUCCUUUCCACUUUGAACCAACAUAUUGGGACCACCAAGCCUGCAAUGGAUACUCAGGAAGGUUCUCCUACCUUCCUUUCUCAGGGUACGUAGGAGUCUAUGACUACUCUUUUGAGCCUGCCUUCAUCCGCAAGAGGAACGAGCGGGAGAGGCAGCGGGUUCGUUGUGUGAAUGAGGGCUAUGCACGCCUCCGAGAUCAUCUUCCCAAGGAGCUGGCUGACAAGCGCCUCAGCAAAGUGGAGACCUUGAGAGCUGCCAUAACUUACAUCAAACACCUUCAGAAUUUGCUGGACUAUCAUCCAUUAGGGACAAAUGCUAAGGCAGCUGCUCCAGCUGCAGAGGAGCAACCUACCUCUGGUCUUAGCUUAAGAAGGGAAUGCAACAGUGAUGGAGAAUCUAAAACCUCGUUAGCUUCAUCCCCUUACAGUGAGUUUGAGGAAGUCUGCAGUUAG